GGUCGCGCGUAAAUCACAAUUAGCCGACUUCAAGCUUCCCAGUCGCAUCGAUUCAAGGUUUCAAGCCGAUCGGCAAUCAAUUUUUCAUCUUCCUCAUUAUCGCCUCUCUCAGUCGCGUCGCAUCAGAGCAUCGUAGAGUAUCAGUCGCGUAGCCUCUAUCUCUGUCUAUCGGUUGAAUAAUAAGAAUGGAUGGGAAUGCACAAAACAUCAAAAAGUGGAUUGUGGUAUACCCCGUGUAUAUAAAUUCGAAGAAGACGAUCGCUGAGGGGAGGCGGAUCAGCGUGAGCAAAGCUUGUGAAAACCCUACUUGUGCUGAGAUUCACGAUUGCUGUAGACACCUUAAACUCCUCAGCGCUAUUGAGGCUGAUAAGGCAUAUCCACGUGACUUUAUGCAAAGAGGGAGAGUGCGAGUUUUGCUUAAAAAGGAAGAUGGUACUCUGUUUAAUCCAUCCAUUUCUUCUAGGAAAGAGCUGAUGAUCCAUGUUGCAGAAUUGGUGCCUAAACAUGCCAAUAGGAUAAAGAAGCAGGAGCCUGCACCCUCCUCCUCUGCCGCCGCCGCCGGUUCUUCCAAGCAAGGAAAGGGCGGGAGAAAGAAGCGGUAGUUCCUUCUUCCUUUGUUGAACAAAUUUUUUAAAAAAAGGCGGGGAAUCGUUCGAAAUUUUGAAUAUGCAAUGGAAAGAAUUUUCUCAAAAGAUUUAGAGAUGUCUCUGGUUAUUUCAGACUGUAACAAGACGAGAUUUUUCUCACUCCCAAGCUCAAGCGGAAUCUAUUUACUUAUUUUUUCCUUUUCAAACUUGAUUGGAAUUAUACUGUAUUUACUUAAAACUUGAACUCCAGUUAUAUGGUUCAACUGUGGCCAAUUAUGAUGAGUUUGACCUUGUUUUGGAAUAAUGUUUUCAAUUAGCG